AUGGCGUCGGAAAAAGCGGUAGCGGGCGUCGCCACGCAGUUCCUGGGCGCCUUCGUUGCUAACCUCAUAUCACUGAACACUGGUUACGUCGUCGGGUGGUCGGCCGUGGCUAUCCCUGUUCUGGAGAACAACGGGACAGCCAACGAUACCGCUCCGCUGGAUCGGCCGCUGACUAAAGACGAAUCAUCAUGGGUGGCGACGGUCCUCUUCAUCGCAUGGAUCGCGGGCCCUGCAGCUUGCAGCUUCAUAAGCCAGCGCUGGGGCUACAAGGUCGCCGGUUAUCUGGUGGGUACCAUUUCGGCCAUGGCCGGAGUGAUCAUCAUGCUGGCGCCAUCACUGGCCACCAUGCUGGUGGGACGAGUCUUGACUGGAUUUGCUGCCGGGUGUACACCUGUGGUCACCACGACCUACAUAACCGAGGCGGCACAGGAACACAUACGGGGCGCUGUCGGAACUUUCUUUGGGCUCCUCUUCAAUGGUGGUAUCCUGAUCGCUUACCUGAUGGGCGCCGUAGCCUCGUACCAAAUCGUUUGUGCUAUGGCCGUCAUCUUGCCAAUUGUGUACCUACUGGGGUUCUUCUUCCUGCCCGAAUCACCACAGUAUCUACUGUCCAAGGGUAGAGAUGGCGACGCUGUCAAGUCCUUGAGAUGGUUCCGCGCUGCCGGCCACAACGUCAGUCAGGAGCUGGAACAGCUGCGGUCGAAUCUCGACAGUGGCGCGUCGGAAAACGGGGGGAGAGGGCUUUCGGUGGUCCAGUUCUUCAAGGACAGGACGUGCCGCCUUGGCUUCAUUACCGUCGUCAUGAUCAUCCUCAACCAGCAGUUCGCAGGGGUUACGAUAGCUCUGAACUACUUAGUGCAGAUGUUCUCCGCAACCGGCAACAGUUCGACAGCGGCCUGGUCAGCUGUAGUGGUUGGCGCCCUGCAGUUUCUGGCGACCUUCGUAUCCUCCGCACUGGUGGACCGGGCUGGGCGUCGCCCACUCCUGAUGGCCACCAACGGCGGGAUGGCCGCCUGCCUGCUCGCCCUGGGCGGCUACUCCUUCGCCCAGGACCGCGGAUCGGACGUGGCUUCUGUCUGGUGGCUGCCUGUGGCCGCCAUGUCGCUGCUGCUCUUUCUCAACGCCAUAGGCGUCGGCCCGCUGUUCUUCGUGAUCGUCAACGAGCUGUUCGCUCCAGAGGCCGCACCAGUUGGCGUCUCCAUUGGCCUCGGUUGUCAGAUGGUGGUCGCCACCUUCGUCAUGAAGUCGUAUGUCAUACUCGUCGACUGGUUGCAGCUCUACGGCUGCUACUGGUUCUUCAGCACUUGUUGUAUCCUCAGUAACGUGUACAUAUUCUUUUUCCUACCGGAGACAAAGAAUCGUCCCAUUAGUGAAAUUCUUCGAGAUCUAAGGAGAGAACGGAGAAGUAAGAAUAGAGACGCAGAAAAGUACGAUGAGGUGUCUACGAAGGAGAGUCGUCAGCAAGUUGCAUAGUAGUGUACAUCAUCUACAAAGUAUCAGAACAAAACCAGUGAUUUGCCCGAUAGUGAAUUAACUUGAAGGGCAGGACUGAAUUCAGGUUCCUAGAUCAUUCCUUUGUACUUUUGUUAGUUUUCUUUUUCUUAUUUGUGCAGAGGGUAAAUGAAGUCACUUCUGGCACAACUAAAUUGUGUAUACUGUGUGAAAUGAUUCUGUUUCAAAAGUCAAAGUCACGUAAGUAUUGGGCGCUAUUUAGAGUAUAAGGAAUUGCAAAGUAAGAUUUUAACUCUGUGGCUUUAGGGCUUUUCAUCUAUCGACAGUUAAAUUUACAGUUAUGUAACGAUUUAAGAACCGUUUCGAAAGGUCUAAACUCGAAACCGAAAACUUCGAAAUACAAGGCGAUCAAAAAGUCAGUAUAAAUUUGAAAACUGAAUAAAUCACGGAAUAAUGUAGAUAGAGAGGUACAAAUUGACACACAUGCUUGGAAUGACAUGGGGUUUUAUUAGAACCAAAAAAUACAAAAGUUCAAAAAAUGAUGACAGAUGGCCCUUCAUUUGAUCAGAAUAGCACUAAUUAGCAUAACAAAGUAAGACAAAGCAAAGAUGAUGUUCUUUACAGGAAAUGCUCAAUAUGUCCAACAUCAUUCCUCAACAAUAGCUGUAGUCGAGGAAUAAUGUUGUGAACAGCUCUGUAAAGCAUGUCCGGAGUUAUGGUGAGGCAUUGGCGUCGGAUGUUGUCUUUCAGCAUCCCUAGAGAUGUCGGUCGAUCACGAUACACUUGCGACUUCAGGUAACCCCCAAGCCAAUAAUCGCACGGACUGAGGUCUGGGGACCUGGGAGGCCAAGCAUGACGAAAGUGGCGGCUGAGCACACGAUCAUCCGAAGACCAGUAUCAGUUGCAAAGCGAUUUAGAAAAGAUUGCUGUAUGGUGUAGCAGGUGGCAGUUGACGCUAAAUAACGAAAUGUGUGAGGUGAUCCACAUGAGUUCCAAAAGAAAUCCGUUGGAAUUCGAUUACUCGAUAAAUAGUACAAUUCUCAAGGCUGUCAAUUCA